AAUACUCUCUCUCAGUCUCUCUCUCUCUCUAACACACUCUCUCUCUCUAUAUCUUGUGUAUGUGUGAGUGGGAACUUGGAAUCUCCUGCUUCUUAGUAGAGAGAGAGAGAGAGAGAGAGAGAGAAGCAGGGAAUAUUGUGUUUGGAAGCUCCCUUUUGAGCUUUGAGAUCCCCUUUUGAGGAUUCAGAUGGGCCAAUGUGGCCACCAAAUGAGAGCUUUUAUUUUAACCCCAUGUGAUUUGUUGAGUUUGUUAGAAUCAAACUGAGGAGAAAGGAUAAGAUUAGAUUUGAGAUUAUUGUUUCUGGGGUUUUACCAUCUCAUGUGAUUUUCCCAGGAGAUUUGAACAUGGUUGCUAAUGGAUUGCAUUCUGAGGGAUCUUCCUGUUCUAGUAAUGUGAUUUUCAUUUCUUAAGGAAAUAAUCAUAAGAUCAGGAGAAAAAAAAAACAACAACAACAAAAGGGCAUUUGGGUUUUGUUUGUAAUGGUCUUACUAAGAUGAUCUUGUUCUUUGAGGCAUUUCUAAGGAAAGAAGAAGAUUAGCAAGUGAAGAAGAAGAAGAAGAAGAAGAAGGCAUUUUGGUUGUGUUGUUGUGUUCUUCAUCUUGUUCUUUUUAAUGCUCUUAUAAGUUAAAAAAAGAAAAAAAAAGAAAAAGGAAAAGAAAAAUCCCAGGAGAUGUCGAUCCACGGCAGCGAGUUGCGGUCUCUGGCACUGACCCCUACUUGGUCGGUCGCCACCGUGCUGACGAUCUUCGUCGCGGUUUCUUUGCUCGUCGAGCGAUCGAUCCAUCGGUUGAGUUCGUGGUUGAAGAAGACACACAGGAAUCCGCUAUUUGAAGCACUGGAGAAGAUGAAAGAAGAGUUGAUGUUACUAGGCCUUAUAUCGCUGCUCCUGACCGCGACUUCGAGAGCGAUUUCAAGCAUUUGCAUCGAUUCAAAGUUCUACAACAGUAACUUCUCUCCAUGCACCAGAGCUGAGGUUGAGGAUACGACGAACGCUGAGGAGCGCCCGCUUCAGGACCGUAAGCAGCUUAUGGGCUUUGUUCUUCGGCACUCGUUCAGAAGAACGCUUAAUCAGCUUAAUAAGCAGACCUGUUCAGAGGGUCACGAACCAUUUGUUUCAUACGAGGGUUUGGAGCAGCUCCACCGAUUUAUAUUCGUCAUGGCUAUAACUCACGUAUCGUAUAGCUGCUUGACAAUGUUGUUGGCUAUUGUUAAGAUACAUACCUGGAGAAAAUGGGAGGAUGAAGCUCGGACGGAUCAGCAUGAUGUAUAUUCUGAUAUUACUCGAGCACUGACGAUGAGAAGGCAGUCAACAUUUGUCAAGAUUUAUUCAUCAGAUUCUUGGAGCAAGAAUAACUUUGUUGUUUGGGUGACUUGUUUUUUCCGUCAGUUUGGGCGAUCUGUUGUUCGAGCAGACUAUCUUACCCUCCGUAGGGGUUUUAUUCAGAACCACAAUCUUACAUCAAGAUAUGAUUUCCACAGCUACAUGAUCCGUUCAAUGGAAGAAGAAUUUAAAAAGAUUGUUGGGGUUAGUGCACCAUUGUGGGGAUUUGUUGUUGCUUUCAUGUUGUUUAAUAUAAAUGGAUCUAAUCUCUACUUUUGGAUAGCCAUCAUUCCUGUUUCUCUUGUUCUUAUGGUGGGUGCGAAGCUGCAGCAUGUAAUCGCAACCCUUGCAAUAGAAAGCGCUGGAAUAAGUGGGUACGGCGCCAGAUUGAAGCCUCGAGAUGAUCUUUUCUGGUUUAAGAAGCCCGAACUCUUACUAUCUCUAAUCCAUUUCAUACUUUUCCAGAAUGCUUUUGAGUUGGCUUCCUUUUUCUGGUUCUGGUGGCAAUUUGGGUAUGAUUCGUGCUAUAUCAGGAAUCAUUUACUCGUAUAUUGCCGCCUUAUACUGGGGUUUGCGGGGCAAUUUCUAUGCAGUUACAGUACAUUACCACUCUAUGCUCUGGUGACGCAGAUGGGUACGAAUUACAAAGCUGCUCUAAUCCCACAAAGUAUUAGAGAAACAAUUCAUGGAUGGGGAAAAGCAGCGAGGAAGCGGAGAAAACACAGGCGCGGCAUCGAUGAGUCAACAAUACACACUGAGACUAGUACAGUGUGUUCUCUUGAAGAAAACGAGCAGGAGCUAUUCGGCGACCCCUCGGACAACUCAUACAUACAAAUUGAGCUACAGCCACCUUCCACUUGUACUGAUGAUCCUGAUGGUGAUCAUCCUAAUGUUGGUAAUGGUUACUCCAAUUACAGCAGUUCAAAUGCUCCUCUCCUUAGUCAUUGCUCGAUAUCGGUGCCUUCCUCUCCAUCUCUUUCGAGUAAUAGAAGAAAUGGGAUCUCGAGAUCAGUUUCCAUGCCCGCAUGGCGAGUAUGAGUGGAGUAUAUGAAAAGGAUGUAAAUGUUUGGUGACUAAAGAUAUUUGAGACUAGUUAGAUCACAUGUUAUACUUACAAGGUAAAUGGAUACGAGUUAGAAGAGUUGGGCCUCGAGAACUAAAAAAAGAUCUUAGUACUUGCACUUUAUUUUCGAUAACAAGGCACCCAAAUUGAUGGUCGACACUGUUUAAGUAUGAUCUAGGAUUAUUGAACUUUGUAGGAAUCGAGUUUGUAACUAUUUGAUAUCAUUUAACCAAUAAUCACGUGGUCUCAAAAUUGACCAUUUUAUAGGUCAAUAGAAUGCUUUUCUCGUUUGACGGUAAACGGCAAUCCAAAUUAGUUGAGUUUUUAAUAGAAAAUUGUUUCAAAUCUCUAGAUGAAGAUCGAACAACCCCGACAGCGAAUUUAUGAAUCCUACCCUUUCCAUUUAGAAAGAUGUUGGAUAGAAAGAAAGUGACUUUUAAAGACCAUGGAAUUUGGUUCCUACUUCCUACAAAGUUUAAAUAUUCUAGAUCAUGUUUACUAGUGUCGAUCAUCGAUUUGGACAACUUAGUAGUGAAAUUAAAGUUCCUUUUACUUCUAAAUAUAUUCUAGCUCAACUCCUAGUUAGAUCAUAUGCAUUAGUGAUGCUUAAGAACUACUAGAGCAAAUGAUGGGUGAGGGAAUUUUCAUGGAGCAAACCUUUACCCGUUACCGCUUGUGAUGUUAUUGAUUUACUUAUAUACACUGUAUAAUAUAAAUGCAUCAAAUAUAUCUUAGAAAUCUGGAGUUUCUAUUUGAUACAAGCAUUUUAUUCUUAAUGGUUUUAUGUAUGAUCUUGUAAUAUUGUUGCUGAUUAGAGAAAUUACAUAUA